AUGAAGCUUGUAAUUCCACGAGUCGCGCAUGGAGCUGCUCGGACAGGGCUCGGAGAGCUGUCAUUCAUUAAGAACUACACACCCCGAGCCCUGGGCACAUCUCUAUCCCUCCGAAGCUCUCCACUUGUACCAAAUACUGAAUACCGACCACGAUGUGAUCAACGACGAUAUACCAGCGAUGCUACAGUAUCUUUAAAAGAGGAGAAUCCCACAGGGAAGACGACUCUUCCAUCCCACGAAAGCAAUGUACAACAACCGCCCCAAUCAUCCUCAACAUCUAUAUCCGACCAAGUCCGCCUCCUCAUGCGUCGAGUCCCUUACCCCGUCGCAAUCAUCACAGCAACCGAUCCCUCCGGCCCAGAAGAUACAACCUCCUUCCGCGGCAUGACCGUCUCCUCUUUUAGCACCGUUACCCUCACUCCCCAUCCGGUGAUCUCGUUCAACGUGCGCCGCCCAUCAGAAACUCUGAAUGCGCUACUUGCUUCGCGCAGGUUCCUAGUUCAUUUGCUUGCACCGGGGCCGGCGACUGCUACCCUCGCAAGAGACUUCUCUAAGGGAAAUAAUACUCUCGCUGCUAUAUUGAGCGGACACGGGGAGUUUGAGUUUGCGGCUUUGCCUACUACGAAUGAAGAAGGGCUCUCUCAAAAACCACUACCUAUUCUCAAGCGGAGAGGGGAAUCAGCCGCUGCUGAUACUCGUGCUGAUUUCCCUUUCGUAUUUGAAUGUGCCCUGCAUCCGCAGAAGAUUGAUGUGCAGGAUCACUCGAUUGUACUCGGUACUGUUGUUCGCGCAAUUGAGGGCUCUGAGUCUGUUUUGACUCAGGAUGGUGCAGAGUUGAAUGAACACUCACCUGAGCACCUUUGUUUAACAUAUGCAAAUACCAAGUUCUGGAAGAUGGGAGGUGAGCUUUGA